AUGAGCACAGACGACCCCAUUGAGAUGAUCCGAGCCCUGCAGCAAAAAAUGGAUGAAAUGCAGCAGCAUCAUGAGAGCGAACUGGCGGCCGUUAAGGCCGAUUGUGAAGCCCGGAUAGCCCGGGAGGUUGGGAAGACAAACGGCAGGGAGGAGCGAGCGAAGAGUAAGGAAGCGGCGACGGCGGGAGAACACACACUCCGGGAUACCGAGCAUGAUAGCACCUGGAGGCCUACCGGGUCCGAAGCUGAAGGAAGCAAGGCGAAAUCGGUGCGUGCGGAGAGCGCCGCCGAGGACGGGCGGAUGGUAGUCAAGUCGGAGCCGUCAUCCGCCUUGUUGCUUCCAUUCACCCAGAGCAUAAUGAAUGUCCAAAUCUCGGAGCAAUUUGUGGCUCCGCAGUUCAAAACUUAUAACGGGACAACGGAUCCUGCGUCCCAUAUCCAGACUUUCUCGAACGCAAUGGCGUUCCGAACGGGCAAUGAAGCCAUUUGGUGUCGGGCGUUCUCGCUCUCAUUAGAGGACGAAGCAUUGGAAUGGUUUAAUACCCUCCCCCCUAAUUCAAUAGAAAACUUUACCGGGUUAAAGCAACUAUUUAUUAAACAAUUCGCGGCCAGUAGUACCCAGGACUUGACCGUAUUCGAAUUAAUGACCCUCAAGCAGGGGAAGGAUGAAACGCUGCGGACGUUUAUGGACAGGUAUCAGAAGACCGUUCGACGCGUUAAGAGCCUGACGCCAGAGCUCGCCCUUCACUAUAUCCUGCCGGCUCUGAAGCCAGGACCGUUUAAGGAUAGCGUCUGCAGGCGAGCGCCCAAAACAAUGGAGGAGUUAAGGGAACGGGCGGCGGACGAGAUAAGGGUGGAAGAGAUGAAACUCUCCUACAGAAAAGAGAAUCAAGAAGCCAGAGAACAAAGGACGGACGGUAAUAAGCCCGGCUCUUCGACGGGAAAAACGUCCGGUCCUAGGCCCCAGGAGUAG